GUCCUUGGAAAAUUCACCUUAUGCUAACAAUAUUGAAACUGAAAAAUUGUGGCAUUAUCGUGACCCUAGUACUAAAAUUCAAGGACCAUUUUCCAUAAUGCAGCUGCGUAAGUGGAGUACAACUGGACUCUUCCCGCCUGAUAUGAGGAUAUGGACAAAUAAUGAUCAAUAUGAUUCCUUGCUUCUGACUGAUGCUUUAAGCGGACAGUUUCGUGGAUCAUCGGAGGUGCUGUAUAACUUCUCUGCACAGUCACGGGAACUUGGGACUGCCCCUGAUAAUAGAUUACUUAUGUCUGACAUGGGGGGGAGCGAGGAUAUGAAUAAAACUGGUAGAGACAGUAAUCAAACAGAGACAGUGUUGCACUGUAGUAAUCUGAAUGUUUUGUCCAAUAAAAAUACCGAAAUUGUGAUGCCAGAUGGAACUGGUUCCUCGGGGCCACAGUGUUGGGAUUUGUUGAAUGAAAAUAAUUCCAGUACUGGUGAAGUCCAAGAAAGUAGUGUGGUUCCUUCAUCAAGCCUUGGGCAAACAAAUAUAGCUCAUCUGGAUCGAGGCCACGAAAGUGAUGGGUUGGACUAUGGUGCACAAUGUGGAGACAUGAAUACAAGUGGACCAAUGGAAGUUCAGAUGAGUGGUGGGCAUGAUUGUGAAGAUCAAUCUAAUAAUCAGAGCCAACUUGGUCAAUCCUCUAAAGAAAAUGUGAGAUCUUCGCCCAUUAAUUUAAACUCGAGCAUCAUGGAUUCUACCUCUGAUUUUGCUGAUGUAGCCAAGCUGCCUAGCUCAUCUAAACAGGAUGGCUACACUGAUAUCUUGGAUCUUCCUAGUCCUACACCUGGGAGAAGCAACAAGGAUUGUGAAGUUCAGACAGCUGAAAGACAGCCAUCAAUGUCUUCAAAUUUUCCCAUGCAAAAUUCAGAUAUCAUGAAGGAGCCAACUCCUACCCCCAAGUCAAACAAUGAAGAUCAGGGUGAUCAGGUUGCUGUGACUGAGAAAUCUGCGUUGACGAGUUCGCCUGCUCCAAAUACUGGCCCUAACUGGGGCAGUGCUUCUAGUCUAGUAGUCACUGGGGCACAACUGCCUGAAAUAGCCGAUGAAUGGUGUGGAUAUUCCCCUACACCCUCUAAACAAUUUGUGGAGGAAUGGGAUUCUGCUCUUGUCCCUUCAUCUUCAUUGAAACCUCCUGAAGUUACACAUGCACAUUUCACUACUGCGACUUUAGAUGGUAACCAACUCACUCAAUCUCCUCCAUCCCUUCCUGUCCCAACUUUACCUGAUUGGCAGAUAUCAAUGAAUGAGCCAAUUGAAUUUGAUGCUUUGGGUGAGGAUUCAGUGUCAGAUUUGUUAGCUGAAGUUGAUGCUAUGGAAUCACAAGGUGUCUUCCCUUGUCCCGCUUCAGCCAUGAAAUUCAGUAAGGAAUUGAUGGAAGAUUUUAAAGAUGAUUGUUUUAGUUCAAUUGACGAUUUCAGUCCUACACCUGAUCCUGGAAAAAGUGAUGCGUUGAGCUCCACGGAGGAGAUACAGCUAAAUUGUCAGUAUGCCAUGGGAUGCAAAGCAAUUGGUGCAUCUAACUCUAAUGCUCUUGAUCCUUUUAGGAGGCCUAGUGUACAUUCAUCUGCAAGUAGUGAGGGAGAAACUAGUUUCCCAGUUUACCAAGGGGAAGCCGGAUCAGAAUUCCAUCCUCCUGCACCAAACAACAUGAGUCAAGACAUGGUUGGCACAACAAUGGCUCUUGGCACUGGAUCGGAAGCAACGGACUCUGGUCGGGUAAUGGUGCAGGGUAACAUUAAUCUGGUGACCGUUCAGGGUAAUGUUAAUCUGGUCUUGGGAGGAUCUUCUCAGGGAAUGACCGAUCUUGGUUGGGGAACAAACCAAGGGACAGCAUGGGGAAAUCCUAACACAAAUUGCAGUGCUCCAAAUGGAAGUCUACCAUGGGAUGGCCAACGAAUAUAUGGUGGGGAAAGGUUUACGGGCCCUAGAGAUUGGGCAUAUCAAGGUGGGGAACCUGGAUUUGGGAGGGGCAGGCCCACAUGGGGUAGGCAGCCUUAUGGUGGUGGGGGAUAUUCUAGGCCUCUUCCCAAGGGGCAGCGAGUUUGUAAAUUCUAUGAGAGUGGGCGUUGCAAAAAAGGAGCAUUCUGCGACUAUCUACACCCAUGACUGUUUAGUUCAAAUGACAGUGUCUUGCAGAUAAAUUUUUAGUUUUGAAUGACUUUCUAGUGGGAAUGUUCAUGUUUUUGGAUAUGAAGUCUCUAUGAAGUUCAUUUGAAGCUUUAGGUAAUUGUUGGGCACGCCUAUUUUUUUAACAAGAAUGCUGUGUUGAUGCUCUCAGAUUUUGUAACCAAGACAGGCCCUUUUCAGAUGAAGCUGCCCGUCCUGUGACGAACAGCUCAAAAUGAGCUUUGCAAUCAGACUAGGACGUUCCCGUGAAGUGAUUCCCUCUACAGUUAAUCUUUAGAGUAAACUCUCUAGAUGUAGUAGCUUUACUUGACACCAAAUUUAUUGCUAGAAACUGCAUAAUUCAAAUAUUAGACCAAAAUUCCUAGGAGAGCAUAGAGGAAAUUGAGGUUGAACCGAUUGUGAAUGGAGGAAUUAAUGGAAAUCGUAUACUUGAAUUGGACCUUGUGAUCCUCUGGGUAAUGUGAUAUCUACAUAGCCCGUCAUAAGUUCCAUAUAUAUUAAAGUCGUAAAAAUUUUCUGAAUGGAUUCUUGAGUAAUCCCAUGUUAGAAUAUUUACGUGGGACAUUAUAUGAUUUUACACAUGAGAUA